AUCUCUCUCUCUCUCUCCCUAGAUCUCUCUCCUAUUACAUAUACAUAUAUAUACAUAUAUACACCACCAUUAUCAUUAUCAUCAUCAUCAUCAAACUCGGUGUUCUGUUUCAACCUGACCACGAUUCAAGCAGCCUCUGAAGAUAUGGAAACAGAUAGAUUUUCAAAUCAGAUUCUUUAAAUCAUUUGAGCAUCAAUAUGUCAAAUAUUCCCAUCUCUCUCUCUGAAAUUUGUCUCACCCUCUUUCGUUUAGCCAUGUCUGUUGCAGAUCCAUGGCCCUUUUCUUGAAACCCCUCUUGCAAUUCCAACUUCUUUUAGUUUUUUUUCUACUUGGGUUUUCAAUUUCUCCGAAAAAUGAAGAAAAUCCGAGGAUUUCUGAUCAAACAUAGAGUCUUUUCGCUGUUCCGAUGUAUCCGCCGGAAAAGCCAGACGUCACCGGCGGGUUACCGCCGCCUAAACCCAUCGUCAAGAUCCAUAUCCAAGCUGCUGAAGUGGGGUGCUGGAAUUAAGGCGAAAGCUACGGCAAUAUGUUCCAAAAAUCCAGGCUUUCGUUGGGGUUAUUUGCGUGUCGGGAGAGACCCGAUUGUGGAAGCGGAUCCUAUCUCUCCGCCGCAUGCGGCGGUUCCGAAGGGGAAGAUGGCUGUGUACAUAGGACAGAACGACGGCGGAUUUGAGAGGGUGUUGGUGCCCGUGAUAUACAUAAACCAUCCUUUAUUUGGGCAGUUGUUAAGGAAGGCGGAGGCGGAAUACGGGCAUGAUCACGCCGGUGGCAUCACGAUUCCUUGCCGGAUUUCCGAGUUUGAGAACGUGAAGACCCGGAUCGCCGCCGGAUGCGGCGGCCGGAAAAUGUUGCCAUGGAAGCGGUCCAACAUGAGCUACACUUGAUGACGAUGACGAUCAAAUUUAGAGGGUUAUUUUUGUCUUUUUAUAGACUUUUUUUUUUUUCUUUAAUAUGUAG